UUUAAUCUCAAUAUUUGUGUUGGCUACUUCAAAAUGGCAAUUCCUUACGGAAAAUGGCGACUGGCGCAAUAUGUAAUAUUAGUGCUAGCAAUCACAAAUAGCUCUCAAUCAGAACUGCCGUCAUCUUCCUCAUGGGCUAAACUUCAAAUAUCUCCCAGUGAACUGUGCUCAAUGCCUUACGGUAGUUUCAGAGUCAAUAUUUACGAACACGCAAAUAACCAUAAGACAACUACACCACCAACCCGAUACAAGUAUUUCUACGCGCCCAUCGCCCUGCUGGACCACAAAAGCGCCGUCACUUCGUUCAACAACGUCACGAAACAGGCCGAAGUUCGUUUCCGCAUCGAAAUGUGGAACGACAAAGUUGAGAGCCAAGUCGUCAAAUAUUUGACGGAAUUCGUCGGUCAAUCAGUCCAAUCCAAUCAGGUGCAGGUCAUCCCUCUCGAAAAAGUUGUCCUGGCCAGCACGAAACCUUCGACCGUCUUCUCGCUGUCAACCGAUUGGCUGCCCUAUCAGCUGCACAAGUCGCUACAAUUUACUCUGUCGUGUUUCGUCCAAAGAGAUUGCGACCAACUAGCGGCAGACAUGCGCAUCAACCCACAGCAAUUCGACCACUUCAAACUCCUCUUCAGUCUGACGUCACAGACAUCACAAACUAAACAGACGGUCAUCCGCAUCGACAAUGUCGUCUCGGGUCAAUUGGUCAGCGACCUUCUCCAGCGAUUCGAUCAAGACGUUCAACAAGCAUUUCUGACGGCUAAAGACGAGAAGCGACUCUUGACCGAAACGAUAACCAACGUUUUCGUGGAAACGUUCGAAGACUCGGAUGUCGUUUCACCAAAUUCCGAGUCGCAAGUCUACAAUUUAUUGAGAAAUUUUCUUAUCUCUUCCAGAGCGGUCAUCAAAGAGCAAAGCGACAAAAUGUGGGACUCGGUAUUUUGGAACGAGGACAACUACAGACCUGAUAAAACCACCAAAACUUUGAAUGAAAUCUUUAAAAAACUCGAUACGGAAUCCCAGAAAAAGAUGUCGGAAACGUACAACAAUAACAACAAAGUAAGUGGUGGGGGGAAAGUGGGAUUUCUCGGGUUGUUAUCGGGCGAAGCCAAAUUAAACAACGAAUUUUCACGUCACGGGUCGACAACAAAAGAAGACAUAGAAAAGUUCUAUGAAGAGAGUAAGGACCACGUUGAGUGGGAUGGAGAGAAAUUUUCACCCAAGCCGUUGUCACUCAGUAGAAUCAAUUUGUCGCAAUUACGGGACACGCAAUCCUUACAGGAUCGAAAAGUGAGCGUUCGUUACUCGACUGCCGUCCUAUCCACUCCCAUCAAUUUUGUACAAAAUACCGAAUUGACAAUCACUGACGAAUGGCAAAAUCUCAAGGAGGAGUUGAAAGAUACAUCGAAACGAUGGGAAGAAGCAAACCUUAUUCUGACCAAAAAAUUGGAAGAAGCAAACCUUAUUUUGAACAAAAAAUUGGAAGAGACCCAAAAAACUCUGGAAAACGAGACACUAGCUUCCAACCAAACGACUCAAAGCUUAGCUAAAAAAGUGGCUUCACUGAAUUUAAAAAUUCAGUGUGUCAAAAGGUCGACUAGUGUGGGACCAUUCGGCUCAGAACAUGGGGAUUUGAUUUUUCUUGAUAGACAUUCAAUUGAAUGUUCUGGUAAAGAAUUCCUCCAUCAUUUUCAAUUUGUUAGGAGUGGUGGGCGUGAUUUCUACUACUAUUACACUUGUUGUCACUAUACUUUAUAACAUAAACUAGCUGUAUGUGGCUGUAAUGUAAGAAGAUUCUCUUUUACAGU